AUGGCGGCCAGAUGGGCGUUUUCCGACCUGACGAGCGGCUGGGCAGAGAACAACCAGGGGCGAGCAGACAACGAGAUCGACCUGCACGGACUGCAUGUGCGUAAGGCGCUCGACCACGUGGAGCAGGCGAUUACUGCCGCGCGUGAGAGCGGCAAGGCGGAGCUGAACUUCAUUGUCGGCCAGGGUAGACACUCGGUGAAUGGCGUUGCGAAGAUCAAGCUCGCCGUCGAGGAUUGGCUGCGAAAGCAGGACAUAGCCUAUGUUCCUGGACCGGGGAACCCCGGACUCCUCAUUGUCACUCUGAUCCGCUGGAAGAUGUGUAUGCUGGCCUGUGUCAAGCCUUUGCUCUGUGCGGAUGUCGUUGACCUGGGAUUGGAGGUUUGGGCUUAUGCUGUCACGCCCCAUGACGAAUGCUGUCAGGUCCUGAGUAUUGCGCUCGUUUGCUUUGUAUUCGACGAGAAGCGUACGAAACGUGCCGUCGGUGGUCACUACUGUGUGCACUGGGCGUAUGUCCACGUACAGGGUUCGAAAUUGGAAGCGGAGGCUGAAGCCUGGAGAGCACGAUCACCUGCUAUACACGCCUUGCGCUAUGAAUUCUAUAUCUACUGCGCCCAUCGCGAUCGCUCGACUGGCCUCUCGUCCCCUCCCUCUCCCUCUGCCUGCGCCUCGGCGGUGCCCACAACAAUGGACCUCCUUACCUUCUGCGUUGUCGCGGCCGCGGCCGCCCUCGUCUACGCCCUCUUCACUAGUGAAUGUAACGGGGCUCAGCGGCCCGGACCCCAGCGCCCGUCGUACGGGGCGACAUUGAGUGCGCCUCAGUAUACUGACCCUCAGCCACACCAGGCGAUUCGGUCGACUCCAUCAUAUGUAGCGGCGCAGGCCACGGACCCGACUCCAUCGCGCCCAGCGGUGCAGCCAACUGCGUCAGAUCAGCCAUACCAGGCGGCCCCGCCAAUACAGGCAUACCAGACAACGCAGUCUGCUUCGACGUCGACGUACCCAUAUCAGCCGUAUUCGUCCAUCCAGCCUCCUCAGCCAGCCCAGAGCCCAUGGGCUAGUCCGCAGACCAGGCCUGGUGAGCAGGCGCCGUUGUUGUCUGCAGUUAAUGCGCCUCCGCGACAGACAUACGCGCAGGUGGUCAACCCCAAGCCCCAGCGCCGCGACCCGCCCUCGUUCAGCGUCCCCGCCGCACGUCCCGUUCUCCCGAAUAUCACCGUGUGCGCGUCCGCGGCCCCGGACUCGGACGACAAUGCUGACGACAGCGAUGGCAGCAGCAUCUCGGACAUAGAGUCCGUCACCCAGCUUCGCCUGCAAUACGAGAAUCCUCAAGCGCUGCGCGAUCUUGCGCGCACCUCGGGCGACCAGCAGCGAGUGUACGCGAAGCGAAGCCGGGCGUGUGCGCGGCGGGACCGCGGGCUGGCUAAGGAGUUCACCAAGACUGCGAAGGCACAUGCGCGCAAGGCGAAGCGCUACAACGCGAGGGCGGCUAAGUGGGUGUAUGCUGAGAACAACAAGCGGCGCAGGAGCAACACGGUCGAUCUGCACGGCUUGUAUGUGGCCGAGGCGCUCGAGUAUGCACAACGGGCCAUCGGGGCAGCGCGCGAGAGUGGUCAGGCAAAGCUGAGCCUCAUUGUCGGCCAGGGUCAACAUUCGGAGAACGGCGUGGCGAAGAUCAAGCCUGCGCUCGAGGGGUGGCUGCAGAAGCAGGGUACAGCCUAUAAGCCCGACGAGCAAAACCCCGGGAGGCUCCUUAUCACCCUGGAUGCCUGA